GGAGGUGUGAAAGAGGAAGCCCUGUCAGAAGGAGGUUACAAUAAUCUAGUCGCGAAACCACUAGGGCAUGGACUAGAGUCUUGGCAGUAGAGAUUGAGUGGAAUGGACGGAUCUUGGCAAUGUUGUUCAAUGGCUGUCUCCUGGCAUUCCUUGGCUGCUUUGGGGAAGCAGGGUUCCCAGCUGGGCCUGGGCACAAAAGCCCCCUUUGUGGGCCCUUCUUCCCCACCUCUUCUUCCUCCUCCUCCUCUUCCAGCACAGGCUGUUCCUGCCAGUCCAGGGUAAGAUGAUUCCUCUGUAAACAAGCCAGCGAGGGCUGGACGGUGCCUUUGUGGUCUCCCUGCCUGGCCAGAGUGCUGAACUUUCCCCUACAUUCAGCCCCAGCCCCUCCUUUGCCCACCCCUUCCUUGGCACAGAGGCAUAUAAAUAGCCAGGCCCGGCCCCUUGCUUUCAUUCAGAGGCAGAAAAUCUGGAGGCCAGAAGGCAGCUGGCCAGAGAGUGCACUUGUGCGGGAGAGGAGCUAAGGUGCAACGGAGUAGAUGCCACAGGAGGAGUCGGGCACUAAGGAGGAGAAGGGCACCUGGGCACCUGCACAGGGGUCUCACCUGCAGGAAGGAAGUGGCUGAGCUGUAUCUCUGCAACCACUUGGUGCCCACCUGUUCCAAGGUGGUGGCACUUGUCUCUGGACCCACAGACCUUCCCUCGAGGCUGGCACCUCUUGGGCACGCUGCUGGCCCUUUGAUCACCCCGCUGGAAGCUGUCUGCUCUGCCACGUUGCCCCUGCCCAGGGCCAGGCCUGGAGGGGGCUGCGCCAUGGAUCCCUCCCACGGAGCCCCUGCGGUGGUCUCGGUCUCACCCCCCGUGGACUUUGUGCUGGGAGCCACGGCCUGCUGCAUGGCCUGCAUCUUCACCAACCCUCUGGAGGUGGUUAAGACGCGCCUGCAGCUGCAGGGGGAGCUCCGGUCACGGGGCACCUACCCCCGGCACUACCGAGGGGUGCUGCAGGCGCUGGUGGCCGUCUGCCGGGCUGAUGGGCUCGGGGGGCUGCAGAAGGGGCUGGCGGCCGGGCUCCUCUACCAGGGCCUGAUGAACGGGGUGCGCUUCUACUUCUACUCGCACGCCGAAGAUGUCGGCUUGACCCAGCGGCCGGGGGGCACCAUCAUAGCCGGAGCCGGGGCCGGGGCCCUGGGAGCGUUUGUGGCCAGUCCGGCCUAUCUGGUGAAAACCCACCUCCAGGCCCAGACGGUGGCUGCCAUUGCCGUGGGGCACCAACACAACCACCAGAGCGUCUCCGGGGCCUUUGAGAGCAUCUACAGGACGCAAGGUCUGCUGGGCCUCUGGCGAGGGGUGAACGGGGCCGUGCCGCGCGUGAUGGUGGGCUCCGCCGUCCAGCUGGCCACCUUUGCUUCAGCCAAGGACUGGGUCGGGAAGCACCAGUGGUUCAAGGAGGGCAGCUGGAUGGUGGCCCUGGCCGGCGGCAUGAUCAGCAGCGUGGCUGUGGCCGUGGCCAUGACCCCCUUUGACGUGGUCAGCACCAGGCUCUACAAUCAGCCGGUGGACGAGAUGGGCGUGGUAAGGCUCUGCACAAAGGGGCCUUGGCAGAGUGGGGAUGCUGGGAGCUGUAGUGCAAGAGGUGACCAGCAAGGAAGGCCUCCUGGCCCUCUACAAAGGCCUGGGCCCAGCCUACCUGCGCCUGGGGCCCCACACCAUCCUCAGCCUCCUCUUCUGGGACGAGCUGAGGAAGUUCACCUGCCAGCACCCCCCAGGCACCUGAGCCCUGGAGGCUCCUGCUGCGUCAGAGGGACGGACGGGCGGACGGAUGGAUGGACUCCUGCCAAUGGCGGCCAGGAGGAUAUUGGGGCCCAAGCAGGACAUUCCCGACGGACCAGGUCCUUCUGAGCACGGUUCCUGGAGAGAAUGUCAGAUGUCAAAGAGCCAGGGUCUAUGGGGUGCUGGUGAUCCCGUGGCCGGAGGGACCUCUCCCAUGGCAUCCGCAACAUCUGUCUGAUUGUAGGGACUUGUAAAGAGAAUGCCAGGCCUUGUGCCCUCCCCAGGAAGGAGCAGCAGAGUGGUCACCUUUCUGCCGGACUGUGGCAUUUUGGGGAUGGCUGCCGAGAGGCCUUACUGGCAGGAACAGCUGUCUCUUCCACAGCCUCCCUUCUGCUCUCUCCAACAUUUCCUGGCCUGACAUACACCCACAGAUGCACAACUGCACACACACAAACACCCUCCAGGCCCAGAGACUUGGUUCUGGGUGCCAGACCAAAAGGAGAGGCAUUUCGCAGAUGAAAAUGGGGGACUCACGUGGACAAGAGGGAGAACAAGUAUGAACAAGGAAGAAGACACAAACGGGGCAGGAGGGGGCUGAGCAAGGGGCCCAAAGGGCAGCCCUGGGGCAUUUGGGGUGCUGCCAGCAAUUGCCCUUUUCUCCUGGCAGAGAAGGGGGCCAUUCCGCUAAACGGAGCCCAGCACGCACACACAUGUCUCUGAACACUCCAUAAAAUAAAAGCCUUGUGUUUUUCCUUC